AUGGCAUCGCCCACCCCACCUGCUGCCGCGGCAUCGCCGCAAAACUGCUGCCGUGGCAUCGCCCACCCCAUAUGCUGCCACGGCAUCACCCACCCCACCUGCUACAAUGGCAUCGCCCACCACACCUGCUGCCACGGCAUCUACCACCCCACCGCCCACAAUGGCAUCGCCUACCCCACCUGCUUCCACGGCAUCGCCCACACCACCUACUGCCGCAGCAUCGCCCACCCCACCUGCUGCCGCGGCAACGCCCACCUCACCUGCUACAACGGCAUCGCCCACCCCACCUGCUGUCGCGGCAUCGCCCACCCCACCUGCUUCCGCGGCAUCGCCAACCCCACCUGCUUCCACGGCAUCACCCACACCACCUAUUACAACGGCAUCGCCCACCCCACCUGCUGCCACGGCAUCGCCCACCCCACCGGCUAA